UGACGCGCGGGGAACUCCUCCCCCUUGCCCAGGAAGUGCCGCGGAGCAUAUGAGCGCGCCUGGCUUACGUCUUGCUUCCCGGCCGCCGCGCGCGCACCUGUCGCGCGCCGCGCCGAGUGGGCCAUGGGGGGCUCCCUUGCCCCCAACGGCUCGGUGGCUGUCACGCCCAAGCUGGACCCCCGGCGGAACGGCGGCGCUUCCUCCUCCGCCUCCACGGUGAGGUCCGGGCUGGACUACCGCGGCUGCAAGAACGGGGCCCUGAUGGACAGCUUCGGCAUCUUCCUGCAGGGGCUCCUGGGGGUUGUGGCCUUCAGCCUCCUCAUGUUGAAACGCUUCAGAGAACCAAAGCAUGAAAGACGUCCUUGGAGAAUUUGGUUUUUGGAUACUUCCAAACAAGCCAUAGGGAUGAUGUUCAUCCAUUUUGCCAAUGUAUAUUUAUCAGAUCUUACUGAAGAGGAUCCCUGUUCACUAUACCUUAUCAAUUUUCUGCUAGAUGCCACCUUAGGAAUGCUGGUAAUUUACGCUGGUGUCCGAGCAGUAAGCAGUGUUGUUGAACGGCAGCAGUGGGAAUCUCUUCGUUUUGGUGAAUAUGGGGACCCAUUGCAAUGCCGUGCUUGGGUAGGCCAGUGUGCAUUGUACAUAAUUAUCAUGAUGUUUGAGAAAACGAUCAUAAUUAUAGUGCUCCUAAUACCUCAGUGGAAAGAGAUAGCUUUGUUGAAUCCUAUAGAAAAUCCUCAAUUGGAGUUGGCUAUUGUGAUGCUGAUAGUCCCCUUCUUUGUAAAUGCAUUAAUGUUUUGGGUUGUUGAUAACUUCCUUAUGAAGAAAGGAAAGACAAAAGCUAAACUUGAAGAAAAAGAAUCAAAUCAAGAUUCAAGAAAUGGGAGCAAAAUCCGAUACAGGAGAGCAGCAUCACAUGAGGAAUCGGAGUCAGAGAUUCUGAUUUCAGCAGAUGAUGAAAUGGAGGAAUCUGAUGUGGAAGAGGAUCUUAGGAGACUGACUAAUUUAAAGUCUGUUAAGAAAAAGAAGCAUCGUUUUGGUCUGCCUGUAUGACAGGCUCUGCGGGUCAGGUUAAUGAGGGAUCUGUCCGCCUCAGUGGAUUUUCACUUGGCCACAGGAUGCUUGCUGCCUCAAGACUGUGAAACAAAGGAAACACAGACCAUUGGAAACACUUACCAGUUCAGUUGCACUAUGGAAAAUAUGCAAAAAUUUCUUCUCAACAUUGUUCACAAAUUCUUGUCACUACAGUGAUUUGGAUGGAUGGGAACCUUCAGAACAUAGGCAAAGAAUGCCAUCAUUUCACUGUGAUUCCUCAAUGACACUCUGAAAGUAACAGGAGGAUUGACAACUUUGAAACAGUAUGUUUUAUCACACAAAAAAAGAUGUUUGCAGCAGACUGCUGAAGCAGAAUAGUUUUACAGCUACAGAUGAAUGGUACCUAUGGAACUAAUGGGCUGCAAAAGUUUUUUUUUUCUUUUCAGAUCUAUUCUAACCUGUUUAAACUUUUAUAUUUAAGUUAUAUUUUCAUACUGGGAUAUUUAAGGAUUCUCUUUGUCAAAGAAAUUAUGCUAUUACUUAGUGUGUGUGGCUUAAAAGGUCAGAUGUGCAACAAAAAUGGUUUUCCAUUGUCUAUAUCAUAUAAAGAAGGAUAGUGCAGGGACAAAGGGAAGUGGCAGCUGAUUGCUUUCUAGAAUGAGUUGGCCUUGCUCUGAAGAGAACCUGAAGCCCCCUCGAACAAUGAAGUGGCAGCAGUGAUCAUUUUCAAAACAGGGCUGUUGUUCUGUGUGUAUGCUGAGCACUUUAGUGGAAAAGCAACAAAUACAGGGUUUUCUUCUGUAUAUCAACUAAACACUUAAAGCUAUUUGGAUAAUAAUGGUUUCUUCAGUAUUUGCAAAUCCUUUGAUCUCACAACAAAACUAUCCCAAAGCUUCAGUAAACAUUCCUUGUCUGGAAAAGCUAAUGUGGCACAGAUAAGAGCAUUUUGCUUCUUGUCAGUACAGUUCAGCUGGCUGCUAGAGAGUCCAUGAAUUGCUAUGACUUCUUCUCCAUUUUUCUUUUCUUUUUCUUUUUGUUAAGUCUCAUUUCAGAUGGAUAGGCCAGAAUCAAAGCAUAGCAUAAUGAAUGUGGUGAUUAAUGUUAAUGUCAUGGCUACCCUAGGGUUACUGGGAAGUGUCUCUGUUGAUGAAAUACUUGUAUGCCUGUUGUUAAUUGGGAUGCAUGAUAGUCCGAUUCAUUACUACUUGCAGUGCCUAUUGGUUUGGUAGGGCAGAGGAAACAGUAGCCAAUGGUAAGUAGAGCCAGCUUAUUCUGGUUUUGGCCUCAUCCUCGUCUCUUGUGAUGGCACUAAAAAUAUUCAGUAGUGCACAGCAGUGUAAUUCCUUAAUAUUGACAUGAAAAGAUUAAUAAUCUUUUAUAAGACAAUGGGACAUUGGUGUAUUAAUGUACUUGGUUCUCUGAUGAUUUCUUCAAUCUAUUACUUUUUUCAACCAUUCCACUGAGUAUCUAUUCCAGAAAAAGCUUAGGGAUAGAGUUGUGCUGCCUAUAUGCAGAGAGAAGGAUAACUUGAGUGAUCAUCUUGAUAUGUUUCCUUAGUUUUUAAAUGCAGGUUAAUGGCUUUUCCUCCGGUGUGCUCUGCUCUGUUCUGCUUUGCUCUGUUCUAAAAUGGGCAACAACAAGUAGACUGGCAUAUAGAUCUUUAUCUGUCUUGGCAGUAAAAGUAUUUAAACUAUUAUGAGCCUUUAACAGCAGAUGAGUAUGUAUGCUACAUUUUAGAAGCUCAUACUUAAAACUAUUUUUGGAAAUUUGCUGUAUCUCUGGGAAUGAGAGAAGCAGUGUUAAGCAUAAUGAACACAAAUUGUAGAUCUAGGGUCCUGAAAUAUUUGUAACUGCUGUCUUGUUAAGAAUGGUCCCAGAGAUUUCCUUCUAAUUUUUGUACUGACAACUUUCCACUAUGUCAGUUUUAUCCUUCCACAUAUUUAUUUUCUGUCCCAAAUACACAAAAGCCUGAACCAAGGGCUUUAAAAAGUUGUCAAAACUUCUUUCUUCCCUUAUUUACUGUAUAAUUAUUUAAAAAAAAAAAGCAGACUAGUGCUGUGCCAAAACCUGCCUUACAGUUUCUUAAAUAUUUUUUUUCUGUCAUAUUGUCAGGGUAUUUGAGAAUUACUUCUCUUGAUAGUGUUUUUGUUGGAGGUGGGAAAAGCAACUACUGCUGUUUUCUGUGACACACUUUUCUAUCAUUCAUAAGCUUCCCUGGCUACUUACCCUUCCCAAUUUGAAAAAAACAAAAGUGAGGCUGAAAAUUGUUAGGAGAUUGUUAUAUAGUUCAAGAUGAGAGGUUCAAAUACUCAGCCACCACAUCAAAAAUAAUGUAAGAACACUAUACCACAUCUCUUAGAAUCUCUCUGAAAUUGCUUUUUGGAAUAAUUUUCUAAAUUCUUGUUCAAUUACCAACUGAAAUAAAAUUGUAGGAUUUUUUUUUUUUUGAAUGAUCGACAUAAACACUGCCUGCCAAACCCUUAGAUAUCUGUUCACAUUGUAAGCAUGCAGACUUUCACUGAAAAGUUUAAGUACUUGAUAUCUUCUUCCCUAAUCCUAUUCCCUCCAAAGACAAAUCAACGUUUCCUCCACUUGCACCCCUGAACUCCAGAAGUAUUUCUCCUCAAUAACUGUUAUAACAGGACCCUUCCAAGAAGAAAGGAACUGCUUCUGGAAUAACAAUCUAAACAAAAUUACACUGUACAUGCUUCUGCGGUUAGUCUGGAUUAAAUUACACUUACUCUGCCCUGGCACUAGCAUGUACUUGAAGACGCUAUUUGCAGCCAUUCUGAUGAAGAUAAGAGAUAAGAUAACCUUUAUUGUCAUUUUUUACUGUGAGUACAUUGAUCCAUAUUAAAAAUAAAAUUCUGUUGCCUGCUCUCAAAAGAAAGUAUAUAUGUACCCAUACCCAUACAUAACACAGAUAUGCUAUAUGCUAUAUAUGUAUACAUAUAUACAUACACGUACAUAUAUACAUUACAUAUUAAUCACUGUCCAAUUUUAAUACAUAGCAGAAAGAGGUAACUUGAGAAUUGACUGGUCAAUAGGUUUUAUAUGCUUCCGUCUUUUCUCCCUGCCUCUUCUUUUCAAAUUUAUUAAAUUUCUAGGUUGCCCAACUCUUGAAUGAAUCUGGGCAGCUUUCCUAUUUUUAAAAAAAUAUAUAUACUAAAAAGAUUUGUGAGGUGAGAGAAAAACAACACUCAAAGAAAACAUAAAUUUCUUCCCCAUCAUCCCUCAUUUAGCCUGGGGGAUACUAAAUCAAGGCCUGGGAACAGUUAAAUGUUUAAGGACCUUCCUAAGGUUGGGGGGGAACAUACUACUUCCUACUGCAUAUCUCGAAAAGAGGUUUUCUUUCUCCCCUCUUCCCCCACCCUUGUAAGUUGCUUCCUGAACUCUACAAAUCCAAUGCCAAGAUGCUUGUUGAGGAGCAAGAUGGCUAAUCUUUAUAGGUAGUGGGGUGGGCAGGCCUGUCUGGGGGCAGAUAACCAAGAUACAGAAGUGCCUCAAGAGCCUUCAGGGGCCAGCUUCCAUUGAUUGUUUUCCAUGCUCAUUUCAAUUAAAUAGCAAAAGAUAUAAAACAGGAUAAAAAACAAACAUAUAAUACAUACACAGAGAGAAAGAGAGAGAGAGACUAUAUUUUGAGCCUUAAGCAUAUUCAUUGAUAGGUGCGCAGAUCUUUUCCAAAGCAUUUUCUAUAAUUUUCUAUGAAUACUUUGUUUGGGAGAGAAUAAGCUAAAGAGGAUCCUAGUUUUCAAACAGGUCAUUGGGCUUAGGAGGCAAAAGUGGAUUCUGCUGUUUUGAGUGGGGUUUUCUCCUGUUUUUGAUUGGUGGUAAUUCUAAGAUGAAGAAGAAAGUGUUGUCUUAUUCUACAUUCUUCCAGUACAUUCCUUUUUGUGUUUAGAUUUAUUUAUUUAUUUGAGUAUAACACUAAAAAAAAGCUCCUAUAAAGAAAUAGGGCAGUGCCCUUGAUUAAUAUUGCUUCCUACCAUGCUGGUUUUAUGUUUUUACUAUAUAAUUCUAAUACUAUGAAUCACUGUUUAUCAACCAUGAUAUCUAAAGAGGUUUUGUUUUACCAAUUCAUUAAGUAGAUAGCAGCAUAGUCCUCAAACUGUAUGACAGAAUGAAAACUCAGAAAAAUGGAUUUUUUUAAAGAGAUAAUGAAACAAUGCCAAACAACUGUUAUUUUCUGUUUGCCUUAUGAAUAUUAAUAGUGUGUGUCGAAAUGCAAAAACUUUGUUCAUUUUAUCCAGUGACUUCUAUUUUGUACAGACUGCUUUUAACAGUUGGGAUAGGUGUGUCGCUGCCGCGGGGGGGGGGUGUUCUAAAAACACCAAACCCAAAGCCUUAAAUGUGUUUAAACAGUCCACCGUUAAACAGAGUUCACAUUUACUGUUUUGUGUUGAAUGGCAUUGCCCAGCAGCCUGAUCUGAAGCUCAAAAGAAGAAAUAAUGUUCUUCUUACGUUUGAUUCUGUCAAUGCUUUUUUAAAAAAAAUAAUGUUAAUCUCUUUCUAACGAGUCUGAGAUUUAGGUCUUUCUACACUUAGAAAUUUGUAAUGGAAUGUUGAAUUUGCUGGAGAAAAAUGUAAGCCUUCCCAUUUCCAAAUGGCUAAGAAACAGAAAUGAAAUGAUCAAGAUUAACAUCCCUCAUAAAAUCAAGACUUUAGAUAUCUAACAUAAUUGUUUUAGAAAUCCUGCGGUCAUUAAUGCAGCCUUCAUUUUUUUGAUUUCAGUGUUUUAAUGUCUCCCCAACUACCCUUAAGGAAAAAGUAAAACGUUCUGUACAAAUGUUGCUGGUGAAACGUGCGCUAAGUUUCUCUUCAGGGAAAAGACCUCAAACUCGUUGAAUUGUGAACCAAACUAAAACAAUGCAAAAUGUCCCAGAGCCACUCCUUCACAAGCAGGUGCUUACUUAGGUUUCCUAUUAAGCCUUGCUGGAAAAGAAGGGGGCAGGGCCAGAUUGUGCAGCCUUACAUUUUCUUUUUCCACAAGGUGGGUCUUUGUGCUUUUUGUGCAUAGCAGAUUGCAGAUUGUAGCUUCCAUAUGAAAAGGGUGAUAAUGGCGAGCACACAGAUUCAGCCACAUUGGAUUAUAGGAGACUUUCAAUGCAUCAAAACUGUUGAUGUUCAGUAAAUGAUGGGGAAAUUAUGGUUUUAGAUAUAUAAACAUCUUGAAUCGUUUCUUUUUUUUUUUUUAACUUAAAGGGGCAUUCCAAAUUGAUGUGUCCAUAAAUGGGAAAACUUGGGAGAAUGAAACUUGGAAGCCAAGAGAUGUUCCCCACUGGAAGAAGGGGUCAGAACACUGAUUUUACCAGUUCUACUUUUCUCCAAGGCUGUCUCCUGUGUUGUCCCAUGAAACAACUUUUUAGAAAGCACAAGGCAGAAGGAGUGAGAAUAAGGACUGGAUCCAGCCUUUGCUAAUUAAUACACAAUGUAGUUUUGGGACUCAAAACAAAACUGAAUGUUAGUCCUACAGCAUUAAAAGGGAAACCAUAAGGCCCACCAGAUCAUAAUUUUACUGUUGGUAUUUUAUGAAAAUGGAAAUCAUAUGUGUUGUACCUAAGUUAUGGUUUACAAUAAAAUCUGAUUUGAUACAAA